CGAUUUGUCGCGCACAGGAGAGGAGCUGGUGGUGGUGGUGUGGGGCGUCAAGCGGUCGGUGUCUACCUUGAAUUGGCCUGGCAGCUGAGGCGGUAUUCAAGACAGUGCACACCUAGCUCACGAGCAGAUUGCAAAAUAUUUGGAGCAAGCCUUCUUCUUUGGGUGCAAGUCGAGUGGUGACAACCGGCAGCAUGGCGAUGCCUCCCAACAACCUCGAGGCCAUGGAGGCCCGCCGGCGUGCAGCCGAGGCGGCGUCGGCAGUCCUCGGUCACGACAUUACACAAAACUUUGUGGAGCAACAGCGCCAAGAAGAGUAUCAGCAAGCACACAUGGAGGCCAUGCAGCGGGCAUACGAGUAUCAGCAGCACCAGCAGGCCAUCGUCCAAGCCGCUGGUGAUUAUGCGCCAGUGGAUGGUAAUUACGCAAACGGAUAUGCACAGCCUGCUCAGGGUGCCGCCGCUCAGCCCAGCAAGCCCAAGCGCCCCAAGGUCAAGGCCAAUCGCGUCGUCGGUGCACAAAAAUGGCAUGAUUCUACCCUUGAUGAGUGGGAUCCCAAUGACUAUCGCAUUUUUUGUGGUGAUCUGGGUAAUGAGACCAGCGACGAAGUGCUGGCUAAGGCCUUCAAGCACUAUCCAUCCUUUCAAAAGGCCAAGGUCAUCAAGGAUAAAGCGUCAGGCAAGACCAAGGGUUAUGGCUUUGUCAGUUUCAAGGAAGGCCGUGAUUACCUCAAGGCCUUGAAAGAGAUGCAAGGCAAGUACAUCGGCAACCGCCCUGUCAAGCUGUCCAAGAGUACGUGGAAGCAGCGUAGCGUGGAAACCAAGUCGAAAAAGAAGAAGAGCAAGAAAUAAUCUUGGCGACCAUAGAGUGAUGCAUGGAAUCUCAAAGUUUUGGGAUUCUGAGGGGUGUCUCUCUUGGAAUUGACGCCCAAAGCUG